UUGAAAAGAAAAUGUUUAGUGUCAGUAUCAGCUGGGCCCCCUUAGCUCAUAACAAGGUUAAAGAUAAAUAGAAUCAUUGGGGUAACAGUCACCUGCUAUACAUACAGUUCAAUGAGAUUAAUGGUAAGGUGCUCUCUAACCUGCAGAGCUUACAGUUCAAGUGGACAGGUAAUAUACAGGCACAGGUGGGAGUGCAGUCCAUGUAUAAAGGUCUGACGAUAAUUUUAUUUUCAUGACAUGGAGCAGUAGGAGUAGCAGAGCAGUUUCUGUUUCCUUUGUGUGUCUCACUUUCAUUUCAUUAAAACACACAAAUGUCUUGCCCUGUAAUGAAUACUUUUGCAUUUAAAGUAACACAACACCUUAACACAAGAGCCUUUGGUGUAUUGAUUGUCUGAAGAGCUCGUUCCAAGCACAAUGACUUUACCUGUUGGGUGCUCAAACAGGAGGCACCAUGGACACCAAAAUGUCCAACCUCCAGCCCUCCAAUUAUUGCUGAAGUAUAACUCUCAGUAUCCUGAGACACUGGUAGUGGCAGUACGACACAUGUAUUUGUCUGGAACUACCUCAAGGGGGAGCCUAUGUGCUGUGUAACCAAGUUUAUAUGUAUAAUUGGCUUGAUGAAAAGCCGAGGCCAUAUGAUAGCGAACACAUCGAAUUUAACCAAGAAAAUGCCAACCUUAAAUGGGCAAGGAUCUAGAAAGGUGGCAAACAAGCAGGUCUGUGAAGCAGGCAGUGGUAGAGAGAGGCAGCAAUCAUACAUAGGCCCGUGCAUCAGGCAGUGGUCGAGAAAAAUCCAAAUGAGCAAAUCAGACGGCACUCCGGAUAGGUUUGAGAGGUUUAUUGCAACAUUAGGGUAACAGCUUCACCUUACGCAUUUCGGGAAACAUUCCCUUAAUCAUAGGCAUAUGGUCGAGAUAGGUAGCAAUCAAGUGUAAGUCCGUGCAUCAGGCAGUGGUCAAGACAGGCAGCAAUCAAGUGUAAGUCCGUAGAGCAGGCAGAAAUCAGAGCCGGGAAAUCAAACAAGAACAAAGGUACAGGCAAGGCAAGAAUGUAAGAUGAAGCAAGAACAAGAACAAGCGGGGGCAAGAUCAAUGGAUUUUAAUAUGAUAUGGGAAGGGACUGGCUUAAAUACCCCAUAAUGAUAACUGACACCUGACCGUAAUGAGAUUAGAAGAGGAGACAGAGUAACAAAGGAAAUCUAAGCAGUGGUGUAUAAAAAGUGCCCUCUCGAGCAGAAAGAGGGGGGGGGGUCAAUGUAAUUUGUUUUUCCUCCAGGAUCUGGUUGUUAAAUGAUUAAAUCCAAACACCUAAUUUAAACCAUCUCACCAAAGAAACGAAAGACAUCAUAACAUCUGCAACGUGACUGGUCAUGUUCUGAUGACUUUCCCUUUAUUUUUUUUUCAGUAGUUUCAUUUUCCUUUCUCAUGAUAUAAGGAAUGUCAGAGCUGAGUUCAGCGAGUAGUGCUGUGUAGAGACAGGUGCAGAGCUUUGCUGUGGGGCCCUUAACAGUCUCCAAUAUAAUGAAUUAUCUGGAAGACACAUCUCCUUGCCCUCUAAGUGAGGAGGAGAGCAAACUGGCCUAUGGAGCAAAGAAGAGAGCCUUGGAUAUUUUUUAUGACCUGGAGAAAAGAGACAGUGUUUUGGUAGAAUGUGUUAAUUCUAUUGGGUGGUUUCCAUCUCUCACCCCUCACCUGGUGCACAGUCUGAGGACAGAACUGGAGCGAGUGACUUUUGUGAAAGUGGACCACCCAUUCUAUGCCAUUUGUUACAUCUACCCCAGAUCACAUGAGAGGACAAUAUAUUUGGGCCCCCGAUUCUGGAAACAAGGGGAGAUCCUAGGGGCAGAUUCUCGCCCUGGGUUACUGAUCAAAAAAGCAGCACAGUUUCUUUUUCACAAAACUCUUGGUGCGGUGCCGGUGGGACAAGGAACAGCUGUGCAAGGGCAACGCCAUGAACCACGUCUGAUUUCAGCCAAUCAGAUUCACAGUGAGAGUGAAAUGGUCUUAAACCAUCAAGACAGGGAAACAGCACAAGAUUCUGUUUGUGAAGAUUCUUAUAGCAGACCAUCAUUAUUGAGUAAUGCAUCUAAAGGCUCUUUACUGAGUGAGGAAGAGUGGAACUUGGCAGAGGAAGCAAAGCAGAGAACCCUGAGGAUUCUAUUUGAUGCUCUGGAGAAAAAAGACAGUCUCUUAGUAGAGAAUCCUGAGGAUUUUGUUGGCAUUCAAAGACUGAAAAACUGCCCUCUGAUCCCCCAACACUUGGUGCAAGACCUGAUCACUAGACUUCUGAAGGUUACAUUUAUGAAAGGCAAAAAUGUGCUUUGUGAGACCUUCUAUCUUGUGCCGGAUUCAGAUGAAAUCAUUAUAUAUCUGAGCCCAGACUUUUGGCACCAAAAGGAGAUGUUGGACAGCGGGUCCCGCCCUGGAACUCUCAUUCUGGAAUUAUCACAAGUCCUGGGGUAUAAACGUUACCUAGAGAGAAUCACAGAAGACAGAGAAGGAGACGUUCCACCCAUGGUCCCACUUUCGGCUUCUAACAUCUGCUCGGCGUUUGAAACCUGGAUGAGCCACAAAGGAUUGUACUCUGGAUUCUAUUCCUGCUGCGGGGAGGAGUCAAGGGAUUCCGUGUGUGCACUUUCUGAUCUGAGCGUCCUUUUAAAUGAUAUAAUCCCACCACCUGUAAUACCCAAAUGAAUAUAAGAACAACUUGAUAUAGAGUAUUGGAUUCCUGCGACAAAACCCAAAUAUUAGUACCUCUGGUAUUGUGGAAUUAAACUGAAUUGUACACCACUUUCUUUGGACUUUAUGUGCCAAAAUAAACAGGCUCUAAAGUAAUUCCUAAACUAUAGGGCUGGCCCUAAGGGCACCCAGAGCUAUGAAUUGAACACGAGAUAAAGGUACAAUGGGCGAGAUAAAGGUACAAUGCCUAUUUUUGCUAUGGUUAUUGCUUGUAAAUCAGUUGUGUAAAUAAAUACAUUUUUUUCAGUUUCAAGAUAUUCCAUUAUUUUACAUGUACAAACAGACUAAUAAAUACUCAUACAGACUGGUUCCUACUAAUACAUCCUUCUGAAUCCUCAGAACUCUGGUUUGGCCAGGGGCAGAUACCCGUACAAUUAACAUUGUGAAGUCUCAGAACUAAGAAAUCAAAUACGAAUGUCAAGUACAACAGAAAACAACAACCCAUUACCACCAUUACCAACCACCCAAUCCUGGGGGUGGAGGGCUUUCUCAAUUGGCCAGGGAUAGUUUAUAUAAUGGGAGGACUCACAUGACUCUUCCUCUCUUAGCAGGUAGUGAAUCUCCUGGUGGGUCUGAGAUGGAAGUAGGUCUCCAUAUGGGAGCCCAAGGCCAAGUUCCUAAGAUAACAAAUCCUUAUUGAAGCCAGGGUGAAGGGGCUCCACUUAUGAGGCUUACCAAGUAACUGACUAGCUAAUGUAAUAGUAGACCACAAGGUGUAAGGGAUAGUGAGCAAGAUCAGUCCUGUGUGCCACCAUAAAGCAAUGCAGUUAUCAUUCUAUACUAGAAAUAUCUCUUAGUGUAGGUGCCACAGCCAGAAAAGGACUGUAGUUUUUUUUAAGUUUUUUUUUAUUGUGAGUCAACAGGAAACUGAGGGAAAGGGGUUCAGGAAUAGGAAGUUACAGUUUAAACAGUCUGAUUCAUAGGCAUACAGCACAUAGGUAGUACAUGGUAAAGAUAAUCACACAGAACUACAUGAGACAUUUAAGGCUCAUUUUCUGGGUCUAGUAAACUUCUUUAGUUUAACUGGAGUGAGGUAUAGCUGGUGGAUGAACUUGAAUUGGUCGGUCUCUAACAGAGAUCAAAAAAUUAUAGAGACUGUGUGUGACCUCUUCCCAAUCAUCUGGGUCCACUGACGGAGCAUCAGCCUGCCACUUUUGUUGGGCUCUAUCAAAUGAUUCAGGGAGGCAUACAAUUAAUGAUCUAUACAGUUUAGAGACAAGUUUGUCUCGUCUGUCGUCCCAUAGGGACUCUUCGAAACUAGGGGUAGCAUAUGUGAUCUGCAGUGAGGAAAAUCUGCUUAGAAAGCUUCUCUAAAAUUAAAAUAUCUAAACUACUGGAUCGUCUGUUGAGCAGUCAGUUGCUUGAGUUUAACCAUGGUAGGGAAUCAACCAAGAGGUUGCUUGAGAAAUCUUACCUGCAAUUUGGGCAGUAGUAGAAGUCCUGCAGUUUUCACAAAUGGGGAGAUUAGCUUUUUUUCCCAAAGAGGUAAGUGGGGGGAGUUUCGUAUAUGGGACAUUGUGGAUUGCCUCUAGUGAGCCCAACAGUUCUUAGCAAUGUGUUAUUAGGGUUUUCCUCAUCUGGAUGGAACUACUAGUGGACAUGGUUUAACGGCCUGCUAUGUAGUAAAGAAAAAGGUGGGGGAGACCAAGCCCCCCCUGUCAAUAGGGGCUGUUAAAGAGAUCCAUGAAAGUCUGGGUGUUUUAUUGGCCCAUAGAAAGGGGGUGAGCAAGUAGGUAAUUCUUUUAAAGAAGGAAAGUGGGAUCUGAACCUGUAAGUUCAGCAGCAUAUAUAUUUACCCAUCCCCAUAUAGUCAUUGGGAGUUUGGCCCAUGUUGUUAGAGCUUGCUUAAAAUGUGCGAGGAUUGGUUGUUCGCUAUGAAGGAGGUAGAAUCUAUAGAGAUGUUAAUACCUAAGUAUUUAAACUGUAAAACACAUUACAGCCCUUUUAUUGUUGCAGCCUGGGUUGGGAGGGGGUCCAUUGGCAUAAGCACAGAUUUCUCUUGAUUUAUAGUUAGGUCAGAGAAGUCUCGAAAGUCGUCUAGUAUGUUCAGAGCAAUUUCUAGUGAUUGGUUGGGAUCAGCAAGGAACAGCAGUAAAUAGAGCCAGCUUAUCCUCUAGAGCACCUAGGCGAAAACCUUGCAUUGUUUGGGAUGAGGGGUUUUAUACAACAAUUGGACCCAUUUGAUAAAGUUUGGGUCAAACCCAAAUUUGCAUAUUGCUGCUCAUAGGUACUGCCAUUCUAUCACAUCAAAGCUUUAGAACCUUUGAGGUGACCAAUCUGAAGGUGUGUGUGGAGUCUAGAAAGGGACCCUAUUAGUUAUCCUUGAGAGAAUUCCACUGUAGGGGAUGCCAAAGCACUGUGGUGUCCAUUCUGUCUCCAAGAUGUGUGACUGAUAUAUACUGCCUGAUGUUGUCUUGCUGAAUCUGUUUGCUUUGAAAAUUAAGUGUACAAAGGGAGUGCCUUUACUGUUCAAUAAACCUUCAGUUUAUGGUUAAGAAUCACUGGCACCCAUUUCUUUUAUUCUUUAUACUGUCACAGCACCUCAAAAGAAAGAGUCACAUGUAACAAUACCCUGCUGUUACGUGUACAUAUAGGAGAUUUACAAAUUACUCUGGGACCAGACCAACGGAAACAUGCUAUACUAUUCUUACAGUUUCUAAUGGAGGAACCUUGCAUGUUAUCACAACAAUUCAA